ACAGUUUAAACUGCGAAGCUCUGCUGUGCCUCGGUGCUUCCCUCUGAUAAAGAAGGAUUUGAGGGACUGGAGCCGGUAGCACUGAGAACAUAUGAGCCGCCACUCUUCUCUUAGGAAACGCAACCAACACCUUGCAUCACGGAGGCCCAGCAUGAAUAUUAACUGUGCUGGUGGGAAGAGGAAUCUGGAGUCCACUUGCUCUGUAGAAAAUGGAACUGUAGCAGUGCGUGAGACAGAAGAAGGUGAUGUGGUGCUUGGAGGUCACAGCCCCUCUGCAGGCCUCAGGAACGAGGGUUUAGAUUCUGACUACAGACACGCUGCCUGCCCAGCCAGCCCCCAGUUCAGCAGCAUGUUGUCUGCUUCUGAAGACGCACACGGUUGUCACUUCCAAGAUGGAAAUAAAAGACAGGCAGAAUAUUUUAACGCCCAGGAGCGCCAUGCUUUGUCUUCAAGCAUCAAUUCACAGCCAGUGGCUCCAGAGAAAGUGACACUUGUGGUCGACGGCACUCGAUUUGCUGUGAAUCCACAGAUUUUCACUGCUCACCCUGAUACUAUGCUGGGAAGAAUGUUUGGACCAGGAAGAGAAUAUAAUUUCACCAGGCCAAAUGAAAAGGGAGAAUAUGAAAUUGCAGAAGGAAUUAGCUCAGCUGUGUUCCGGACUGUGCUGGAUUAUUACAAGACUGGAAUAAUAAACUGUCCUGAUGGCAUUUCCAUCCCAGACCUUCGAGACACCUGUGAUUACCUCUGCAUAAACUUUGACUUCAACACAAUCAAAUGUCAAGAUUUAAGUGCUCUUUUACAUGAGCUCUCCAAUGAUGGUGCUCACAAGCAGUUUGACAGCUACCUGGAGGAGCUCAUUCUGCCUAUCAUGGUGGACAGUGCCCGGAAAGGGGAGCGUGAAUGCCACAUUGUUGUGCUGACAGAUGAGGACACUGUGGACUGGGAUGAAGAUCACCCUCCUCCCAUGGGCGAGGAGUAUUCUCAAAUCCUUUACAGCUCCAAGCUGUACAGAUUCUUCAAGUACAUUGAGAACCGAGAUGUUGCAAAAGCUGUGUUGAAGGAGCGGGGCCUGAAGAAUAUUCGCAUUGGCAUUGAAGGAUAUCCCACCUGUAAAGAGAAGGUGAAGAGGAGGCCGGGUGGCCGCUCAGAAGUGAUAUACAACUACGUCCAGCGGCCGUUCAUCCAGAUGUCCUGGGAAAAGGAGGAGGGCAAAAGCCGUCACGUUGACUUCCAGUGCGUCCGGAGCAAAUCUCUAACAAACCUGGUCACUGUGGGUGAUGAUGUUUUGGAGGACCAUGAGGUUAUAAUGCACCACCCCCCCCAGGUAGAUGAACUGGAUAGGCUAAAUGCACCAUUCUCCCAAAUGGCUGUUAAUGAUCUACCUGAUUAGUCAUGGCUCCGGCUUGAUGUGGGAACAUCUCAGCGUAGUUUCAUCCUAGUAAUGGAACACAGACUCCUUGCAAGGUGCUUUAUCCUCAUUCAUCUUCUUACUAUGUUGUCAUAUUUCAAGCAUGUUAAUAAAGAGCCACGCUCUCUAGCCUAAUUGUGCAAUCAAAAGCAACAUCUCCAACAAAAAGAACAUGUCGCUUGUUUCCACUACAAAGGCUUCCAGACUGAUGGGUGCUGAAUAUUUUAAGUAAACUUCUGAAAGAGGAGCAGAAGUGUUUAGAAAUGACAUGAGAGAGGAAACUGUGGGCCUGUCAAGACAAAGCUUCUAUUUGCCAUUAGAUACUUAGGUUUGCUUUUGUGAUAAUCUGCACCAGACAUCAAAGCAAGGCAGGUGAUGCUCUUUCAUCAGCCAGCAGAAAUGUAGCACGGUUGUGGCAGCAGAAUGCUGAGAGUGGGGAAAUGACAGCAGAAUGCUGCAUGAGGGAAUCUGUUUACACUGCCACCUGGCUUUGCAUGCAGUGUGCACAGCUGUUCCAGGGAGCACCUCUCAGGGGUGUUCAAGGCUAGGUUGGAUGGGGCAGCCUGAUGUGAGCUGGAACUGGAUGGUCUGUGAGGUCUUUUCCAACCAAAGCCCUUCUGUGAUAAUAGGAAGUAUGAGACUCUUCACAGGAGCUUCCUGUCUGUACUUCUGCAUCAGAUGAAGUGACUGUUCAGAGAUACUGUCUGUGAAGUUCAUUAAAAUGAGCAGAUUGUGCUGGAGGAAAAAGCCAGGAAGAAGACUAGUUGAUUUGUUAGCAACAAAGUCAGUCAGUUCAGUAGCAUAGAAGAUGUAAGAAGCUUUCUAAAGGUGGCUGUGCGUGUUAAAGAAUUUCUUUCCUCGUCCUUUCUAAGAAAAAAUAAUGCUGGAGCUGAGCAAAAUCUCUGUUUGCAUCAACCUCAUCAGUGAAGAUUUCCAGAGGCUGUCCAAGGAGCAUUCCAAUCACAGGACCUUUCAGCUUCUGAAGGCCGCUCACUUUCCUCCCAGUUUGGAACCGUCUGGACUCUGUCACAGUCAGGCACAUAAGAGACAACAAUAAAUGAGACUUCAGCAGGAAAAAAAUGCACAUAGCUGGGAACAAUUGCCCUCUGCUGCUCUAAGUACAGUAUUCUGUAUUUAAUUCUAUUCAUUUUGGAUUCAGGGCCAACAAAGCUGUGACUGUAGGUGUAAACACGCUCCAGGCUGCUUAACUCACUCGUGUUGGAGUGUAGCUGUCCUGUUCCUGCUGUGUGCAGUUCCAUACAGGCUGCUUAACCCACAGGUGAGCACACAGUGCAUUCAGUACAGCCAGAGCUGAGCAGGCAGGUGAGCAAGCACAGGCCUACCUUACACAGCCAGCAUUUCUGAGGGCCACAGAGAGACCCAAAGCAACGCUGUUCCUAACUUUGACGUUGUGCUGGUACAAAGCAAAGCUGAAACGCACUCCAAAAGCAUGAGAGGAAAACAGCUCCUGUAAGUUCAGGUCAGUUCUGCUCUUGUAAUUGACUGGUGUUUAAACUUGUGCUGCUUGGUGUGUGAGUUACUUGGCCAUACUUAAAGUAGAGGUAGGUGUCAGUCUGCCCCUAGAAGCUUUGAUCCUUUUGUCGUCAGGGUUGCAUCGAGCAAGUUCUCAUUAUUUUCUGUCUGCAAACUGUAAGGUAGGCUUGGUGCUGAAGUUUGCUGUUCCUGUUUUUGUUGUUAUGGAUGUAUUGUUUUCCUUUUCUGUGUAAGGAACAUGAAUGCCUUUCUGGUUAAGAGUAACAGCACCGUGUUUGCCAGCGCUGUGCUGAUGCGUUUCGUUCCCAUUUGUAUGGAUAUGGGUUCUGUUAUCAGCAGUGUUCCUUUUUCCUAAGUGCAGCAAAUAUCUCUCUUCUUUUAUAAGUGCCUACAGGAAGAUUUCCAGAAGUGCUUCAGGCCCUCCUGAGAGUCUUAGGGGUUGAGGCCCACCUGACUUCUGAAAAGUCCUUUCUGUGUGUUAGUGGAUCAGCAUAGAGAAGUGUCCUUCAGUGUCUGCACAGAGGCAGCGUAAGUCACGUGCAAUCACUUCCCGUUGUUCUAGAUGGAUUUCUAUUGUUGUAUUAGAGAACAAAAGCUAUGGCUAUGGCACAUUGAUCUUCCAGCAGAGGUCCAGGCCAAGUCCAUUAGCUGCCAAAGGACUGAGCAGCUCCCAGCGUCAAGCAUAGGCAGUGGUGAGGCUGCCCCCUGGCAGUGAUGGAGCCUGGCUCCAGGCCCUGUGGAUUUUGGGUGUCUCUGUUUAUUUUUACAGCAGUGUGAGUUUGAAGCAAACCUGUGCUCAGCAGGGAUUGGGGUUUACACAGUUCCCCAGGCGUGUGGGUCAAGCAGGCCCUCACUUGGAGGCUCAGAAUGUCACUGCCUUGCUAACUUUCUGGUGCUGUGCAACCAGUGGGACCUUCAGCACAGGAUGGGGGCCUGGCUUCUGUGCUGUACAUGCGCUGUUCUGCAGACACUGAAAUAACACUCUACUUUAUUGGUGUUCCCAAGUAGCUGGGGGUGCAUUUGGGAUUUAUUUGUAGCAGAGUGAGCUCUGCUGGAACACUACAUCAAGGUGAAGAAGUUUGCAAUUUGCUUUUCCUCCUUUUCUCUUGGUUGCCCGCCAUUCAGGCAAAGUGUUCGGUCUUAUUUGAGAUAUACUGAAGUGUUAACUGUGGUGUCCAUGAACUCCUGCAGCUGUAUGGUUUCUUUUAUGUAUUAAAGCAUAAAUUAUA